CCAGCGGGGUGCAGCGGGGGGGCUCUCAGGUUGGCAGCAGCUCCUUUGUGAUAGAUCCGCGGCAGCAGCGGAGGAUCGUGCCGCGCCCUUUCUGCUCCUCCUGGGACUCACAGCGCGGAUCACUCCGCACAGGUGACAGCCGGAAGCAAGUCUGCGCGCAGGUGACCGACACUAUCCAGCAAGUCUGUGGACACGAGAAGAAAAGAAUAAACGUGGAAUGGAGGCUCGAGAGAAACAGAGAGAAUAAGAACAGUUUGUAUUGUGUCGCGUGCUUCCGUCCGCACCUUGAGCUCCGGAGGUGAGGGCGCGCGCAGCCGGAGACGCCUUCAGGUACAGCAGCACAUUGUUUCUCAACUCGACGCGCAUCUGGAUUUACUAUCAACGAGUGACUUCAACUAGAAGAGAGGAGAGCAGGGACCCACCAGCCGUGCAGCGAAGGCCUCAGAGACUCUUCACCUGUCCGGCCAAUGGCAUGCCGAUCUCCAGCCCGGCGGAGAGGGCGAGUCUGAGUGACGCGCCGGACCGUCGCCUCUGCUUCCCGCCAAGAGCUCUUCUCUGAUCCCACAUCCAGCCGACGCUUCUCAACAUGGACACCCUGACGGACGACACGGAGGGAUGCUACUACAACCGCACCGUCAAAUUCUUCUAUGAGAAGAGCGGCAAGAACAUCAGCAUGUACUGGCGCAGCCGCGACUACGUGAUCGUCACUCUGGGCAUGACGGUCUGCUUCAUCGUCAUCUUUUCCAACCUGUUGGUCAUGGGCGCCAUUAUAAAGAACCGACGCUUUCACUACCCCAUCUACUACCUGCUGGGUAACCUGGCUGUGGCAGACCUCUUCUCAGGUGUGUCCUACCUCCACCUGAUGUUUCACACCGGGCCUUGGACCAUAAAACUCACGAAGUACCGCUGGUUUGUGCGACAGGGACUGAUCGACACCAGCCUCACCGCCUCGGUCCUCAACCUCCUGGCUGUGGCGGUGGAGCGCCACCAGACCAUCUUCAACAUGCAGCUGCACAGUAAGAUGAGCACCCGGCGAGUCUUCGUCAUCAUCGUCUUCAUCUGGCUCGUGGCCAUAAUCAUGGGUCUGGUUCCCACCAUGGGCUGGCACUGCCUAUGCAACCUGGACAACUGCUCCACCAUGGCGCCGAUGUACAGCCGCAGCUACCUGGUGUUCUGGGCCGUCCUCAACCUGCUCACCUUCUCCAUCAUGGUGGCCGUCUACACCCGGAUCUUCGUGUACGUGCGGCACAAGAGCAAGCAGAUGUCUCAGCACACCACGCAGAUGAGACACCGCGAGACAGUGUUCAACCUGAUGAAGACCGUCUCCAUGAUCCUGGCCAAGAACACGGAUGUUAUCAGAAGACAUGAAGCUGCAGGGUCACCUGUGAUGAUGAUCUUCAGGCUGAACGAUAACGCUCACAAAGAGGAGAGCAGGACCCACCAACGUGCAGCGAAGGCCUCAGAGACUCUUCACCUGUCCGGCCAAUGGCAUGCCGAUCCCAGCCCGGCGGAGAGGGCGAGUCUGAGUGACGCGCCGGACCGUCGCCUCUGCUUCCCGCCAAGACUCUUCUCUGAUCCCACAUCCAGCCGACGCUUCUCAACAUGGACACCUGACGGACGACACGGAGGGAUGCUACUACAACGCACCGUCAAUUCUUCUAGAUGA